AAUGCCGACGUGAUCCUUUGUACAUGUGUUGGAGCUGGAGAUCCGCGUUUGUCAAGGUUCAAGUUUCGCACUGUUUUGAUCGACGAAGCGACUCAGGCAACGGAACCAGAAUGCAUGAUACCACUAGUUCUUGGUUGCAAGCAAGCAGUUCUUGUCGGUGAUCACCAACAGCUUGGACCCGUGAUCAUGAACAAAAAGGCUGCUCGCGCAGGUUUAUGUCAGUCACUUUUUGAACGACUGGUAAUUUUGGGUAUCCGACCUAUACGAUUGCAAGUUCAGUACCGUAUGCAUCCGUGUCUAUCCGAAUUUCCUAGCAAUAUGUUUUACGAAGGUUCGUUGCAGAACGGCGUCACAACUCAAGAGCGUUUACGAAAACACGUUGAUUUUCCCUGGCCUUCACCGGAGACUCCAAUGUUUUUCCAUUCAAACUUUGGUCAGGAAGAAAUUUCAAGCAGUGGGACUUCUUAUUUGAAUCGCGUGGAAGCUUCAAAUUGUGAAAAAGUUGUAACCAAGUUCUUAAAAGCCGGGAUAUAUCCCGCUCAAAUUGGAAUCAUUACUCCUUAUGAAGGUCAACGGAGUUUUAUUGUCAGCUAUAUGCAGCUCAAUGGUGCUUUGCGUAAAGACUUGUACAAAGAAAUUGAAGUAGCAAGUGUCGAUGCGUUUCAAGGUCGUGAAAAAGAUUACAUCAUUUUGAGUUGUGUUCGAAGUAAUGUUCAUCAAGGUAUCGGUUUCUUAAACGAUCCACGCCGUUUAAACGUUGCUUUAACAAGAGCACGUUACGGAGUCGUUAUACUAGGAAAUCCGAAAGUCUUGAGUCAGCAUCCCUUAUGGUACCAUCUGUUAGAACACUAUAAGGAUAAGAAAUGUUUAGUAGACGGAGCUCUCAAUAAUUUGAAAGUUAGUGUAAUCGAAUAUAGUCGACCCCGCCGCGCCUACCGUAAGGACGAUAAAUUCCGACAAGGGUUGGCACAUCAAAUUGAUGCUCGUGAGGCUUUUGCAAAGCCUCCCCUGGCAAGUGAAAAUCGUCGUGGCACCCGCUCGUAUAAUCCUGAUUUCAUGAGAACUCAUGAUCCUGUCGGUUAUAUUCCUUCAGACAUGUCGUCAAUACCACAAUCGUCUCAAUUUAGCAUUCCCCUACUUCCGACUCCCAACGGCCCGUUCACGCAGGAUUUGUCGCAAAGCAGUGUUACUAGUCGAAAGAAUUCCAAGCAACAUCAGAACUCAACAUAUAACGGCUAUUCUAACUCGGUUUCAUCACAAGGGCCUCUUACACAAAACGCGUUUAACAGUCAAGGGUCGAUGAGUCUUGCGCUUUCGCAGUCUGAUCGUCUCCGAAUGAUGGAAAAUUCCAAUUCUUCAUUGGGUCACGGCUCGCUCAUGUCUCAGGACAGUUCGAUCGGAUAUUUAGAUGAUUACAAAAGUCAAGGAGAGGACACCAUCUUGAGUCAAGAUUUCGAAAUCCGAUCGCAGUCUGGCUAUCAGUCUCAAAGCUUUACUCAGUAUUAA